AUGCUGCCUGGACCUUACCCCAAAACCCCAGAGGAAAAGGCAGCUGCUGCUAAGAAAUACAACAUGAGGGUGGAGUAUGGGGACUAUGAGCCACAUCCGGAUGAUGACAUAGGGUAUGGUGAUUAUCCCAAAUUUCCUGACCAAUCUCAUCAUGAAAGAGACCCCUGGUAUCAGUGGGACUACCAUCUGAGACAAAACUGGAGAGAGCCAAUGCACUGGCACUUUGAUAUGUUUCUCCGGACCCGUGUUGACACAUCCCCCACUGUGGUACACUGGCACACUAUAUGCAAUCACUUCUUCCUCUUUAUUGGCUUUGUGCUGUUUAUGUUCUGGCUUGGAGAAAUGUACCCAUCCUACAUACCUAUGGGACUGAAGCAGUAUCCUUACAAUAACCUGUACCUGGAGCAAGGGGGCGAUCCCAGCAAAGAGCCCCCAGAAGUGAAGAACUAUGAAAUCUGAAAGAUGCAUGGAAA